UAGUAAACCAGGAAGUUUUUGUAGCGAUGUCCAAUCAAAGAAACAAAACUAACGACGCCCAGAAAAGUACUGGCCAAGACGCUGAGCAAAAUGACAUAAGUGGCCAUGAAACCUCACAAAAAACAUACCCUGCAGCUUUAGGUGCAACGGGAGCCUUCAUGGAUGAACCAGACUCUUCUCCAGUCGCCCCCAAGCCAAGUUCCUUUCGUACAAAGCCAGAUCCGAGACCCAAGCCUAAGCGGCCUUCCAGCAGCAGCGUUCAACAGCGAAAUGGUUUAUCUAGUGGUGUUCCUUAUAAAGCCGUUGUUCCAGGGACAGCUGAGGCCGAUAAAGAGAUCGACCCACAGUCUACGCGUUCCACUUUCGCACCUUCCCAAGACACGCUGAACCCUAGAACGUGGCACACCGAACUAAGGAUGACCCAAAAAAGAGAAAACGGGGCGGAAAGUGACGAUGAAAAGUCGUGCAGUGGCCCGAAUGAUGAGAGGGAUACGUUAGAUAUCGAGCUACACGGAUAUGUUAACAGUAUCAGAUACCAGACGUUGGAUCUGUAUUCUCACGACAAUCAGCACAGUGACAACAGCAGUGUGAACAAAAGCGACAACAACCAAGGCCAGGAAACAAUUCCAAAAACAGUUGAUACCGCGUUAAAGGCCUCGACAAACACAGAAGACAGAAGAACGGACCCGAAAACGGCCACUCGAAAUGUGAACGCAGCGGCCAGAAGUAAACCACCGUCUAGACGAAGAACAGAUGACAAGGAAGAUGUUGUGGUUGUCGGUACAGGAAAAGCUCAAAGUAUUUCAACAGGGCUCUAUUACUUUGACGGCAGCAGAUUUCAACGUUUAAACGAUACAUUACUGCCGUCGGAGAGAGGUCCGACGGAACCGUCCGAAGGCAGUGACUUUCUAUUGGUCGAGGGAGCAAGGUCGCGUGAUGGUCGGGAAUCAGACAGGCCCGAAAGCGUCUAUACGAGCGUUGACAGCAUAUACAAUCAGCAGAGCGACAUCAACAGCAACAACAAGAGCGACAACAAGAGCGACAACAACCAUGACCAGGAAACUGUUCCAAAAGCAAUUGAAAUCGCGUUAGAGGCCUCGGAAAACACAGAAGGCAGAAUUUCAACGGAUCCGAAAAAGUCCACGCGACGUGAGAAACCAGAUGCCGGAAGUAAACAACCGUCUAGAAGACGAACAGAUCACAAGGAAGAUGUUGUGGUUGUCGGUACAGGUAAUCCUCAGAGUAUUUCAACAGGGAUGUAUUACUAUGACGGCACAGGAUUUCAACCUAUAAGAGAUCCACAAAUGCCGUCAGAGAUUGGCCCGAUGGCGAUGUCCGACGACGGCAGUGACUUUCUAUUGGUCCAGGGGGCAAUGUCACGUGACGGCCGCAGAUCAGACAGGCCCAAAAGCGCCUAUAAAAGCGUUGACAGCAUAUACCCGGGCCGACGAUUUAGGGCAGAACUAGGCCGUCGAGUAUUGGCCAACCCAGGACAUGACGUUAACGUUUCCACCUCAAUGACGGAUCCUGAAACGUUGAACGUCUCAAUCAACGUCAGUCUAAACAUCGCUGAACUUCUCCGAUCUCACCAGGGCAGUACGAACGGGAAUCGAAAUACGUCAAACAAUACCGAGAAUGAAGCGUCUAAUAAUCUAUGCCAGACGUUGGAACUGUUUUCUCAAGACAAUCAGCAGAGCGACAUCAACAGCGACAACAAGAGUGACAACAAGAGCGACAACAACCAUGACCAGGAAACUAUUCCAAAAACAAUUGAAAUCGCGUUAGAGGCCUCGGAAUACACAGAAGGCAGAAUUUCAACGGACUCGAAAAAGGCCACGCGACGUGAGAAACCAGAUGCCGGAAGUAAACAACCGUCUAGAAGAACAGAUCACAAGGAAGAUGUUGGUAUUAUGUUUACUAAGUCAUUUAUAGAAUAA